CCGGUUCUGCGCGGCAGGGACGCGAGCCUCUCCGGGUGGAAGCGGCGGCGGCGGAGGGAGGAAGCGCGGCAAGGCAGGGAGCGCGCCCGGCGGGUCGCGCCUGGACUUGGGCCCGGGCCUGGGCCUGCUCGGCUUCGGCCGCCCGGCGCGGCCCCCUCGCCCGGCCCGCCGCCGGCCGCGCCGCCCCCGCGCAUGGGCCCCCCCGCCGCCUUGCCGGGGCGCGGCCGCUGAGCCGGGCGGGGGGCGGCAUGGCCUCGGGCGGGGGCCAGGCGGAGGUCAUCGUGCUGGACGGGGACGGGGACGAGGGCGAGGAGGGGCCGGCCCAGCCCCAGGCCCAGCCCCAGGCCAACGGAGGGGGCCCGCCCGCGCCGGGCAAGGACCUGCGGGCCGAGAACCAGCGGCUCUUCCAGGAGUUUGUUGACUUCUGCUCACAGCACACCAAGGAGCACCCGGAAGUGAUGCCGUACCUGGCUGCUCGGUACCAGAAGGCCAGCCCCCGCUUCGUGGCCUCGGUGGAGUUCCGCAACGUGUUGGGCCGCUGCUUGAGCCGUGUGCAGGCCAGGCUCAGCAAAGUCUAUGUUUACAUUAACGAGCUCUGCACUGUCUUCAAGGCCCAUUCCCAAAAGAGGAAACUGGUGCCAAGCUCCUCCGCUGCCGCCGAGGGCUCCGCUGCCUCCUCUGUUCCCUCCUCGGAGUCGCAAGCGGAGCCCUCCAAGCCCCGAGGGGGCUCCAAGCGGCAGAUCCGUUACCUGGAGAACUUGCUGCAGGUCUAUGCAGUGGAGAUCCGGCGGCUGCAGGAGCGCGAGCUGGACUUGGAGGAGCUGGGCCGCGAGGACUCGGCCUACCUGCAGGAGAGCCACUUGAAGCGGCGCAUGAUGCGGAUCUUUGAGCGCCUCUGUGAGUUCAAGGACUGCAACAGCCUGACGGGGCGCGUCAUCGAGCAGCGCAUCCCUUACCGUGGGACUCGCUACCCGGAGGUCAACCGCCGCAUCGAGCGCCUCAUCAACUGCCCAGAGGCCUUUCCGGAUUACAGCGACAUCUUGAAGGUGGUGCAGAAGGCCAACAUCCGCCACAGCCUCGGCCUGCCCAAGCGCCAGAUGGAGAGCAUGGCAGCUGACGCCUUCCGCGAUGUGGGCAAUCGCCUGCAGGAGCGGCGCCACCUGGACCUGAUCUACAACUUUGGCAGCCAUCUCACUGACCAGUACCAACCUGGUUCCGACCCGGCCCUGCUGGACAGUGAGCUGGCCCGGCGCCUGAGGCAGAACCGGCAGGAGGCCCUGCAGCGCCUGGACCAGGUGAUGUCCCACUAUGCACAGCUGCAAGACAAGGGCGAGGAGGAGGAAUGGCGCCGGAAGCGGGGGCAGCCCCCCAGCAGUGCAGCCAGCCACCCGCCGGGGGAGCCGGCCUCUCCCAAGUCCUCCGAGGGCAGCCUCAGUCCCAGAGCAGCGAGAAAAGCGGCUUUGCAGGCAGACGAGGAAGAGGAGGAAGAGGAAGAGGAAUCCUCGUCUGAGUCAGACUUGGAGGCUGAAUUGGAGCGGAGCCUGGAGGGCAGCGGGGAGGACGAAGAGGGCCCUGCCCCAGGUGAAGACUCCCCGGUUCAGGAGAUGGAGGCUGACCAGCAGAUGGGUGCAGGGUCACCGGAGGUGGUUCUGUACUCUACUGAUGAGGAACUCGAGGAAGAAGAGGACGAGGAGGAGGAAGAAGAGGGGGAGGAAAGAGAGGGAGCCCCGCAGGGGGCAUGUCAGCCUCCCCAGCUCUUUGUGGUGGAGAUCGAAGAGGCUCUGCCCCUGGAAGCCAGUGAGACACCCCCGCCCUCUCCCCCGCCCCCUCACUGGACUGAGGAGGAGGGUAGCUUCCCCCUUUCCCCCCUGCCACUGCAGAAGAUGCAGCCCCCCGUCAAGCGCUGCAGGUCCCUGGAGAACACCGGUGCCUGUGAGGUAGACCAGACCUCCGCCCCCCAGGAUCUCAACGGGCAGCCCCCACCGCGCAAAAGGGGCAAGCAGGAGCUGCAGGUUUCCAAGAGCAGCUGCAUUGAGGUUCCCAGCACUGGCUCUUCCGAAGACGAAGGAGGCACUCUCUGCAGCCCCGCCGCUCCUCUGCGCAGCCCAGCCCCUGUGGCAGAUUCUACUUGUGCCGACUCCCCAGGGCUGGACUUGGUCACCAGUUCCCAGGGGAGCCCCCAGCCACCGCCAGGGGGGCUGGCCACAGUCAGCAAGGCCAGCGUGGCGACGCAGUGUGACCCCGAGGAGAUCAUCGUCCUUUCCGACUCCGAGUAGCCGCCUGCCUGCUUGCUGCCUCCGCUGAAGGCCGGGAGGGGGUCCAGAUGGGAGCAGGACCCUUGGUCCAAGGGGGGGGGGGUUGCUGCUACUGUGUUGGCCUUUGGGCCCCUGCAGGCCCUGCUUGUGGCCGCUGGAAGG